GUCGGUGUUAAUGUAUACGUUUUUUGUACGUAGAGGCGCCAGUGAGCAGGUUUCAAAUUCCAACUAUUCCCAAGUGCACUCUCAACUUCAAGGCUUUUUUCCACUUCUCUCCAGCGAGAUGUAACUGAUGUAAAUACGAGGAAUAACGAUGUCAUCGUCAGGAAAUUAUUUGAAAAAAGGGGGAAAAAUGAACGAUAAUAAAUAUAGAAGGCGCGGAUGUGUAUAAUCUGUAAUUCUCUUUCUCUCUCAUAUGCACGUGCGUACAGAAGCUAAUUCGCACUGUACGUUGUGCACCGUCAUCGAUAUUUAUUCCUCGCUCCGGCCGGAUUGUCAACAAGCGUUAUUUAAGACGGCGGGACGAAAUCUUUCUGACGUGUUCGACGGCUAGAUACGAGGAUCAGAAUGAACGCGAAGCAUCUGAGUACUGGAUCGGUACCACCGCCCCUCGUUCCCGGAAAAAUACGCUUGUACAGCAUGCGUUUUUGUCCGUACGCGCAAAGGAUUCACCUUGUACUGGACGCCAAGCAAAUUCCAUAUGAUGUAGUUAAUGUGAAUUUAAUAGACAAGCCUGACUGGUUGAUAGAAAAGAGCCCCCUUAACAAAGUUCCUUGUAUCGAGCUGGAAGGAGGAGAAACACUGUAUGAAAGUCUAAUUAUCGCUGAAUACUUGGAUAAUGCGUACCCUCAAAACAAACUAUACCCAAAUGAUCCUUUAGCAAAGGCUAAAGAUAAGUUAUUGAUCGAUAGAUUUAAUACAGUGAUUGCAACUAUGCAUAGGGGAUUGUCGGAAACAGCAUUGGUACAAGAUGUAUUCAACGAGGCGUUAACUGGCCUAGAAUUCUUUGAUCGGGAGUUGGUGAAAAGAGGAACUCCCUUUUUCGGAGGCAGCAAACCCGGUAUGCUGGACUUAAUGAUAUGGCCAUGGUGUGAAAGGGCAGAUGUAAUAAGAAUUAUAAAGGGAGAGCAGUAUGUCUUACCUCGAGAUCGUUUCUUACGACUGCUUGAAUGGAGAGUUGCCAUGAAAGAAGAUCCUGCAGUGAGUGGCAGCUUCCUGGAUGCCGAAAUGCACGCCAAGUACAUGCGUAGUCGUCUAGCUGGGACACCUCAGUACGAUUUAAUAGCUAACACCUAAAGAUAAUUUAGCCUAUGUCCCAUUUUGUUUGCAAUAUUAAAAUCAAGCGAUACUCCACUUUGUAUGUGCCAUUUCUU